AUGGUCCGCCACGGCCCCGCCGCCGCUGGCCGCGGCCGCGGCGGCGUUGGAGGCGCGGGGGGCGGCGCCGGCGCGUCGCCCGCGCCGCUGUAUGACCCGACCCACCCUGAUGCGGUGCUGCUCAACGGCGAGCAGUGGGCGGGCGGCGAGGGGCGGCUGCGCAGCGGGCGGGCGGUGGUGCCCGUGGUGGUGGACCCCUACCUAUCGCGGCACCUGCGGCCCCACCAGCGCGAGGGCGUCCGCUGGAUGUACGAGGUCGUCAUGGGGCUGAGGGCACCCGACAGAUCUGGAGGCAUCCUGGCUGACGAGAUGGGCCUGGGCAAGACCCUCCAGACACUGGCGCUGAUCUGGACGCUCAUGAGGCAGGGGCCAGAGGGCGUGCCUGUUGUGCGCAAGACGGUGGUUGUGGCCCCGGCCACACUGGUGAACAACUGGGGGGCUGAGAUCAAGAAGUGGAUGGGGGUCGAGCGCAUGAGGGCCAUGGCGCUCAGCAGUCAGGGGGCAGCUGCGGAGCAGCAGGUGAAGGACUUCCGCCUUGGCAGCGUGUGGAGCGUGCUGCUGGCCAGCUACGAGAGCAUGCGGCGCUUCGGCGGGGAACUGGCGGGGUGCUGCGACCUGCUGAUCUGCGACGAGGGCCACAGGCGCGUUUUUUUUGGGAGGGGGUGGCGCUUGGGGAUGGGCUACGGAUUAUGGCUCAAGUCAGCGGGCGGCAACAAGACCAUCGCGGGGCUGCAGGCGCUCAACUGCGCGCGGCGCAUGGUGCUGACUGGGACACCGGUGCAGAACAACCUGGAGGAGUUCUACGCAUUGCUGUCUUUUGCAACACCAGGCGUGCUGGGGCCCAUGGCCACCUUUAAGCGCGUUUACGCAGACCCGAUAUCGCGGUCUCGUGACAAGGACGCCUCCCAGGCGGACAGAGAGCUGGGGGCGGCGCGUGCGGCCGAGCUGCAGCAGCAGGCGGGGGGCUACGUUCUGCGCCGCACGCAGGACGUCCUCACUCGCCACCUGCCGCCGCUGCAGACCUUCACGGUCUUUGUGCGCCCCUCGGAGCUGCAGGUCGCUGUGUACCGGGCUGUGCUCAAGAGCCCUGCCAUGACUCAGCUGCUGUACGGCAGCGGCGCUGGCGCCGACGGCGAGGGUGUGCUGCCGGCCAUCACCGUCCUCAGGAAGCUCUGCAACCACCCUCGCCUGCUACUGGCGCCCGCUGGCGGCGGCAAUGCCAGCGGGGCCAGCAGCGGCACCGCCGCGGCCGCCACAGCCGCCCUGCAGCAGGCGCUCGGCGCCGCCGAGGCGCCGGCGCAGCCUAUGGGCCAGCAGCAGCAGCAGCCGGCAGCGGAGGCUGCGGCCCCCCAGCAGCACGCGGCGCUGGACGCGGUGGGGGCGUCCGGCAAGCUGCGGUGCCUUGAGGCCCUGCUGGCGCGGGUGCUGGGCGCCGGCUGCCGCGCGGUGGUGGUGUCCACCAGCACCGCCACCCUGGACAUGGUGGACGCCAUGCUAUGCAGGCCACAGGGGCCGCCCUCGUCGCGCGACACGACCGCCCUCGCCUCCACGCCCGCACGCAGCUGGGCGACAGCGCGCAUCGACGGGGGCACCGGCGUUGACGAGCGCCAGUCCGUGGUUGACGGGUUUAACCAGCGCGGGGUGGGGCGCGUCUUCCUGCUGUCCACGCGCGCGGGCGGUGCCGGGCUCAACCUGGUGGGGGCCAACCACCUCGUGCUGUUCGACAGCGCCCCUGCCUCCAUCAUCCCCCUGCUCCUGCCCUUCUCGCUGCCCGUCGCCAUGGACCGGCAGGCGAUGGCGCGCAUCUGGCGUGACGGGCAGCGCCUGCCGUGCUUUGUGUACCGCCUACUCACGACGGGCACUAUCGAGGAGAAGAUCUACCAGCGCCAGAUCAUGAAGUCUGACCUGGCGCUGGUGACCAUGGAGGAGGGCGGGUCAAGGGGGGGCGGCGGCAAGGGCCUGAGCCAGGCGGAGCUCAAGCAGCUCUUCAGGCUGCAGGUGAGGGGGCGUGACGGUGGGUGA